AUGCACAGUGUCUCAGGGGGUAUGCUCCAAGUGCCUAGCGGGGAAAAGGUCUACAUAGCUGGUGGUGGUGUUCUCACCUCCCGCGUGAACUUUUCGAAUGUCCAUGAUGCAACUCUCCGCGGUCGAGGCAUACUCUACAAUACUCCUGGCGGCGCCAUCACAGUUGCCUACUCAGAAAGAAUACUUGUCUCAGAGGUCACGGUGCUGAACCCCAACGGCUACGCCGUGACAGCAGGCGAGGCAAAUCAACUCACAAUUGAGAACUUCCGCGCUUUCAGCUCAAAAGGAAACGGCGGCGGCAUUGAUCUCUUCUCUUGCUCCGACACCUUGAUUGACAACAUCUUCAUGCGGAACUCAGACGACUGCGUCGCUAUAUACAAUCAUCGCUGGGACUACUACGGCAACUCCUCAAAUAUCACUUUGCAGAAUUCAUCGCUCUGGGCUGAUGUCGCGCAUCCAAUCAACAUUGGCACGCAUGGGAACACCGAUUCCCCUGAGACUAUGGAUGGGAUAGUCAUCAAGAACAUCGAUACCCUCGACCACCGUGAACCGCAGAUGCUACAUCAAGGUUGUAUAGCCAUCAAUCCUGGCGACAGCAAUCUUGUCCAAAAUGUUCUUAUCGAGGAUGUCCGGGUAGAAGAUUUCCCCGAGGGCUAA